GUCGCUAGGUGAAGUAGCUAGCUACUACUCGCGCAGCCAGAUAGAAGCAGGUGUACAACAUGGCGAUCACAGGCAACGGAUCUCUCGCUACUCUUCUCUUUUUGUUCAUGAUUCCAGCAGCUCUUCACAAAGGAGCUGCUCAGUACCCAGUCCAGAGUCAGAACCUGGUGACAGACAAUGUGGAGGUGGUGGAGGGUGACGUGGCCGUCAUCAGCUGCAGGGUGAAGAACAACGACGACUCUGUCAUCCAGCUCCUCAACCCCAACAGACAGACCAUCUACUUCAGAGACGUCCGACCCCUGAAAGAUGCUCGCUUCCAGCUGGUCAACUUCUCGGACAAUGAGCUGCGGGUGUCUCUGUCCAAUGUGAGCCUGUCGGAUGAGGGGAGAUACGUGUGCCAGCUCUACACGGACCCCCCACAGGAGGCCUAUGCAGACAUCACUGUGCUGAUCCCUCCAGGCAACCCAAUCAUCGAGUCCCGGGAGGGGCAGGUGAUUGAGGGCAACGAGACAGAGAUGACCUGCACCGCUAUGGGCAGCAAGCCCGCCGCCACAAUCAGAUGGAUGAAGGGAGACAAAGAACUCCAAGGCAUAUCCAAAGUGGAGGAGACAUAUGACCACAUGUUUACAGUGACCAGCCAGCUGAGGUUCAUCGUCACUAAGGAGGACGACGGCGUGCCCGUGGUGUGCAUCGUGGACCAUCCAGCCGUCAAAGACUUCCAAGCCCUGACGUACCUGGUGGUACAUUAUAAACCGGAGGUGAAGAUCAUAGUAGAGUUUCCUGAUGGGCUGCCAAGGGAGGGACAGAACAUGGAGCUGUCGUGCCAGGCCAAAGGCAAACCCCAUCCCCAGCAGAUCAACUGGGUGAAGGUGGACGAUGACCUUCCCUCACACGCCCUCAUCACCGGCACAGACUUGUACAUCGAGAACCUCAACAAGACCUACAACGGCACCUACCGCUGCUUCGCUGCCAACUCAGUGGGCGAGUCGUAUGACGACUACACCCUCUACGUCUACGAUGCCCCCACCACUACCCCUAUACCCACUACAGCUACCACCACAAUUCCCACCACCACCAUCUCUCUCCCUGAAGCCACUGCAGACACUACGCCCAGCGCUGAACCCGCAGCUCACGAUUCCAGAGCUGGAGAGGGAGCACCGAGAGCGGUCGACCAUGCGGUCAUCGGCGGAGUGGUGGCUGUGGUUGUCUUUGCCAUGCUCUGUCUACUCAUCAUUUUGGGACGGUACUUUGCAAGACACAAAGGUACCUACUUCACACAUGAAGCUAAAGGAGCCGACGAUGCAGCAGAUGCAGACACGGCCAUUAUCAACGCAGAGGGGGGCCACAACAAUUCGGACGAGAAAAAGGAGUACUACAUAUAGAAAUCACAGGGCCCCAAUACUGUCCCCUGUGGGACACCAUACUGUCUUUGGGUGAGGGGUGCUUGGGGUUUAAGUAUGGUUGGGUAGGGUGGGUAGGAUGGAUUUGUUUUAGUGGUGAUUGCCAGGGAUUGAACAAUGUAUAGUCCAGUCUGUGCAGCUGAAGAGGAACAGUUUUGUGUGUAUAAGGUGGAAACAUAGGGAAGGGAGAGUAGGUUUUUGGUAAGGGUGGGUAGGGAGGGAAGGGGGGUUGGGUUUGCCAGAUGUUGCCAGAAAUCACUGUAGAGCUUCACCAUUCGACACCUCCCAAAACUGCUGGUACGAAUUUUGUUUAGUUCAACCAUUUGCAGAAAAUUCUGUGCCUUGUUCUGAAUUUCUUUUCUAUUCAUUCUUCUUUUUUCCCCCGUCAACAUACCGUUGCUCCUCACCGUCCCCUCUUUCACUCUCUUCAUUAUGAUUGUGCUGUUGGCUUUCUUAUGAGUGUUGAAUUACACAGUGGCUCUGUUCAUCUCUCCCACUGUGUUCGCACACACGUUCUCUUCUGCAUACCAAAACCUCAUAAGAACCCUAUUUCCACUAUACUGUGAGCAGGCCUAGUCUCAAGCCACUACCUUUCUUUUUUUCCAAACCUUUUGAUAACUCCAAAACACAUCCAACGCUUUACGUAUCAUCUUCGAAAAAUGUACAUGAGGAAAAUAUUAUUACACAUAAAUAACAUUACCCUCCUCUUUAAAACACACACACAGAAAUAUAAUCUAAAGGAAACAGUGGAGGACAGUUGGUCUCAAACUGUCCUUGUUUUCAUUUUAUCUGAGCCAAUUCCUAUUCACUGUGGAUAACUUGUAUUAUUUCCUCUCUCUUCAAUUUGUUUUUCUUAUUAGAUAUGCCAGCACAUUUAAAACAUUGGUACUAUUUGGAAUAAGCAAAGUAGAAGGCACAUUAUUUCACCCUCGCUAUGCUGAACUUAAAAGCAUUUUCAAUUCACUAGUCCCUACCGCUUUACCUUUUAUUCUCUGUACAAUGAUGUUUUUGUUCUGUUCCAAUGAAUGGAACCGCAAUUCCCCUGCAGGCAUUUCAUGUUUUAUGAUGACAUUUUGGGGUUUUACAUCGUCUCUCUCAUUCAGAAAUAUUUUUGACAAACAACAAAACAUUUAAAAAAUAAUUUGUUUUUAAUGGUUUCUUUGGUGGUGUAUACUCACCCAUUGUCUUUCAAUCAAGCUGCCUCGCUUUAGCCAAGCUGUAAUAAAGUUGGUAAAAAAAAAGGUAACACUGAUAGGAUUAAUUUCAAUAAGAAAUGACCAGAAGACAUCUCCAAACUAAUAAAUGAAUGUUGACUAUCAAAGGUGAAUAUCCUCAUUAUAAUACAUAUAUCAAUCUACUGUAGGUUGUGAGGUACUAACUGCAAUCAACAUUUAUAAAGCGAUACUACCUUCAUAUUGUUACAUGCUGAACAGUCAAAUCUCACAUGUACAGUAGUUGUAUUUUUCCAGCCUUGUGUAUAAAUUAGAACUAGAGGAGUAAAAAGGGUUAUAGGAUUUUAAAGGAGAUGGUGAUACAUAGGCGAAACAUAGCUUCUGUAUGAGCAAAGGACCUACAAUCAUUGUGUCUAAGCCAUUUUUUCAAAGGAUAUGAUUUCAAUACAAAACAUUAUCUCAAAACAAUUCAGACGCAA